AUGACGACUAACCACCAAGACAACCAAAACCAUGGCCAAAAUGGUCUACAGGUGAAAGAACAAGAAGUGGUUGUGGUUAUGGUGCCAUUUCCAGCUCAAGGCCAUCUCAAUCAGCUUCUUCAACUCUCCCGCCUCGUCUCCUCUUACAAUAUUCCGGUUCAUUACGUCGGCACAGCUUCCCACAACCUCCAGGCCAAGGUUCGGGUCCAUGGUUGGAACCCACUCAACAUUUUUAACGUCCAUUUCCAUGACUUCGAAAUCCCUCCAUUUGUUUCCUGCCCUCCUGACGCCAAUGGAACCUGUAAGUUUCCUCCUCAUCUGCAAACAUGUUUUAAUGCAUCAAAACAGCUUGGUCACCCUCUGGCUCAACUUUUAGUCCAGCUUUCUUCCACGGCGAGAAAAGUGAUUGUCAUUCAUGACUCAUUGAUGGGGUCUGUACUGAUUCAAGAAGUUCGUGUUAUCCCCAACGUAGAGUCUUAUUGUUUCCAUAGCGUAUCAGCUUUUUCUAUUUACUUGUACAUAUGGGAAUCUAUGGGGAAAUCUAUUGACGCCAAUGAUGCAAUCCCAAAAGACAUCCCUUCUUUAGAAGAUUGUUUCACCAAAGAGUUCUUGGAUUCGAUUUCUUCUGAAUACGACUAUCGAAAGUUCAACUCUGGAAAUGUUUACAACACAUGUAGAGUGAUUGAGAGUGCUUACAUGGAUUUGCUUGAUAGAGAAACAAUGUCAAACAAGAUUAAAAAUUGGGCUUUAGGGCCAUUCAACCCUGUGACAAUAGUACCUCAGAAGAAAAAUAGGCACUUUUGCUUGGAGUGGCUUGACAAGCAAGCACCAAACUCGGUUGUAUAUGUUUCUUUUGGGACAACCACCGCCAUGAAUGAUGCACAGAUCAAGGAGCUUGCUAUUGGUUUGAAGCAAAGCAAUCAAAAGUUCAUUUGGUUGGUGAGAGACGUUGACAAAGCAGAUGUUUUCAGUGGAGAAGUGAGAAGAGUUGAGCUCCCAAAAGGGUAUGAAGAUUCAGUUAAAUAUACGGGAUUAGUAGUGAGAGACUGGUCACCCCAACUGGAAAUUUUGGCUCAUCCAUCAACAGGUGGGUUUAUGAGUCACUGUGGGUGGAAUUCUUGCAUGGAAAGUAUGAGCAUGGGAGUACCAAUUGCGGCAUGGCCUAUGCAUUCUGAUCAGCCCAGAAACACAGUGCUUAUAACACAAGUGCUAAAAGUUGGCAUUUUUGUUAGGGACUGGGCUCACAGACAAGAGAUAGUGACAUCAAAUAUGGUGGAAACUGCUGUGACAAGAUUAAUGGCAUCGAAGGAGGGGGAUGAGAUGAGAAAUAAGGCUGCAGAAUUGGGUCGCCAAGUGCGGCAAUCAAUGCGUGAAGGUGGAGUUUCUUGCACGGAGUUCAAUUCCUUUGUUGCUCAUAUCACUAGAUGAGUGUUGAAUAUGCAUGCAUAAAACUUCAUUUGCUUGCAUAUUCAUUUGCCGGUGGAUCAAGGUUCUUCUGGGUUCCCUUGGCGCUACAAAUGGAGAGUUUCAUAUUAAUUUCAUAUCUACAUCUGUUUCUAUAUAUGUUCUUAUUGCUAUAUGUUGGGUGAAUUUUGGAGAGCAACAUCAUCUUCAUCACCACUUGAGUUCAGAUUUUGUUU